GAGCUCGCGAUAAACAUAGAAAUGGUCUCCAAUGGUGAUAUGAUAUGUAGCUGCAGCAGAUUAUAGCCUGCAUCAUGGAAGAAAAACAAAUGUAGCCACGGGUUGCAAAAACUAUGGUAGUUUUGCGAGCAAGCGUAUCAUUGAAUGAAGCCUGUCUACUGUAUGCAUUUGAUAUUUACAGUGGAGGCAAUUUAGUUGUCUGUCAAUUGGGCUGCUAGCUAGUGAUGGGCCAUGUUAGCUCGAUGCUUAAGGCUAACUCGUUUAUUAUACAGUAGAUGUUAGGAAUCAGGCUAGUUGACGCUACCAAUUUCACAUAUCCAAAAUAAUAGUGGAACAUCUGCGUGUAUUAUCAGAGAUGUUAUCAAUGCCAGCUAGCAUCUGAGAAGGUAUUGGAUUGAGAUUUCACCCAAUUUCCUCCAUUUGAAGAAAAGCAAACUGUCUGAGAUGGAUGAACAAAGUGUUGAGAGUAUUGCGGAGGUGUUCCGCUGUUUCAUCUGUAUGGAGAAGCUGCGGGAUGCUCGGCUCUGCCCCCACUGCUCCAAACUCUGCUGCUUCAGCUGCAUACGGCGCUGGUUGACUGAGCAGAGAGCCCAAUGCCCACACUGUCGGGCACCACUGCAGCUGCGGGAGUUGGUGAACUGCCGCUGGGCUGAAGAGGUUACCCAGCAGCUGGACACCCUGCAGCUCUGCAAUCUCUCCAAACAUGAGGAGAACGACAAGGACAAGUGUGAGAACCACCAUGAGAAACUCAGUGUGUUCUGCUGGACCUGUAAGAAGUGCAUCUGCCACCAGUGUGCUCUGUGGGGAGGCAUGCAUGGCGGCCACACCUUCAAGCCUCUGGCUGAGAUCUACGAGCAGCACGUGUCCAAGGUGAACGAGGAGGUGGCCAAGCUCCGCCGCCGCCUCAUGGAGCUCAUCAGCCUGGUGCAGGAGGUGGAGAGGAACGUGGAAGCAGUGCGAGGGGCCAAAGACGAGCGAGUGCGAGAGAUACGUAAUGCAGUAGAGAUGAUGAUUGCCCGUCUCGACAACCAGCUCAAAAACAAACUCAUCACCCUCAUGGGUCAGAAGACCUCCCUCACCCAAGAGACUGAGCUACUGGAGUCUCUCCUGCAGGAGGUGGAACAUCAGCUGCGCUCCUGCAGUAAGAGCGAGUUGAUCUCCAAGAGCCCAGAGAUCCUGCUGAUGUUCCAGCAGGUUCACCGUAAGCCCAUGCAGUCCUKUGUCACCACUCCAGUCCCCCCAGACUUCACCAGUGAGCUGGUUCCUGCCUAUGACUCAAGCACUUUUGUUCUGGCCAACUUCAGCACCCUGAGACAGAGGGCAGAUCCCGUCUAUAGCCCCCCACUCCAGAUAUCUGGCAUCUGCUGGAGACUCAAGGUUUAUCCAGAUGGCAACGGUGUGGUGCGCGGCAACUAUCUGUCCGUUUUCUUGGAACUAUCUGCAGGACUCCCUGAAACGUCAAAAUAUGAGUACCGUGUGGAGAUGGUCCAUCAGGUCUCCAGCGACCCCACUAAGAACAUCAUCAGGGAGUUUGCAUCAGACUUUGAGGUGGGGGAGUGCUGGGGCUACAAUCGCUUCUUCAGACUGGACCUGUUGGCCAGCGAGGGCUACCUCAACAUGCAGACUGACACCCUGGUCCUCAGGUAUCAGGUGCGUUCGCCCACCUUCUUCCAGAAGUGCAGAGACCAGUACUGGUACAUCAGCCAGCUGGAGUCAGCCCAGUCCAGCUACAUCCAGCAGAUCAACAACCUCAAAGAGAGGCUGGCCAUUGAGCUGUUCCGUAGGCAAAAGUCUCGCAGCUCGUCCCCGCCUGACCGGCGCCUGGGCCCCUCGACCUCGGAGAGAGACUCUCGCUCAGGGAAAGGUCCCGUGGCUGAGGAUGGCUGCCAGACCACUGCCACUGAGACCAAAGAGGAAGAGGAGGAGGAGGAGAAGACCCAGCACGACGACUCCAAUGAGCUGUCUGAUGGGGACUUGGAAGUGGACUGUCUGACGGGGGACGAGGAGGUGAACCCUCUGGACGGUAGCAGCACCUCGGGCAGCUCCACGGCAACGAGCAACACAGAGGAGAACGACAUCGACGAGGAGACCAUGUCUGGGGAGAAUGAUGUGGAGUUCAGUGGGAACCUGGAGAUGGAGGAGGGAGAACUGCCUGACGAUGUGGCAGGGGCAGCAGGAGGCUCUAACCAUGGGGCCAGGUGUCUGAGACGUGGUGGAGGUCUCUCCUCCGUUGGCAGCAACAACAGUCUGCUGGAGAUUGACCCAGUCAUCCUCAUCCAGCUACUGGACUUGAAGGAACACAACAACGUGGAGUCACUAUGGGGCCUUCAGCCCAGACCUCCUGCUUCCCUGUUGCACAGCCAAGUCCAAGUCCACUCCAGAAAGGAGCGGGGUGAGCGCCGGCCUCAGGCAGUGAGGAGAGGAGCCCCAGACUCAGGGGUCCUGAUCCGGCUCAAGGCCCAGAUGGCUGAGGUGCGCAGUAAGAUGACGGAUGUCAAGUUUCAGCUGGAGGCGCGGGGGGAGGCCAGGGGAGGACCCUCUGGCGGAGCCACAGGGGAACAGGGGCCCUCUUACCACGCAGACUCAGACCUGGGGUCCAGCAGAAAGUCCACAGAGCUGGAUCUGAUGGGGAAAGGACCUGGGGCCUCCAGACACUGUCGCUCUGGCAGCUGGGGAGCUAUCGACUGCUCUGUCAGAUGUUCAUCCAGCUGUGAUGCUGUGGUUUGUGUGGCAGGAGGGAAGAAGGCCUUGUCUCCCAAGCAGGAGGGCAGCGGGCUGGGCCUGAGGAGAGCUACAGACAGAGUGGAGAAGGAGUCGAGAGGCCAGAGCGGUGAAGAGUUGUCUAGUGAUCAAAGCCUCUUCCCCAGGGACACCCCCAAAGGAUCAGAAGGAGCUCUGAAGCCACAUAGCGUGCACAGCUCCCCUCCUUCUCUAGGCAGCUCAUCGUCCUGCUGCGACAGCAAGCCCUGCAUUUCCAAACACGACCAGGAGCAGCUCUACGGGGCUGACCUGUACGCUCUGGGGGGCCUUAACGGCAUCUCCACCUCCACCAUAGCACGACCCAGGACCCAGCCCAUGGGGGCCGGCCUGCUGACGGACAGCUCUCUGGACUGUGACUUGGAGGAGACGGCUGAGGUCCGCCAGUCACUGCUCUCCCUGGCAGAGGGACCCUCUUCACGCUCUGACGAAAGUGAGCCCUACUGCUCUAACCCUCCUCUUCCUUCACCUCUACCUCGACCCUCCUCUAUGGAGGAAUGCUAUUGUGACGGCAGUCAUCUUGUCCAUAAGCAGACGGUGGUGCUGCUGCCAGGUAUGAGCAGUGACAGUGAGAUCGACUGUGACACAGAGAACGAAGACGAGGUGGUGGCCCUGGAGGCUGGAGACUGUCGCUAUGAUGCCCAGGCACUGCCCUGUGCAGGGGCCCAGUUGAACUCUGAUGACCUGUGCUUCACCACAGGAGAGAACACCGAGAGGUGAUUCCCCGCCAACAUGGCCUCCACAGCCGGUCUAAACAGUGGCCAUCGCCGUAUGGGGACUGGAGAGCAGUGUAUAUAACUUUAAUGUACACAAGCACUUGUGUAGACACUUGCAUGCAGUCAUUCUAGUCACCGGCAACCCCAAAUGCAAUGAGAAUGCUACAACUCACUAAGUGAGCACCUUGAUGAUGACUGCAAAAUAUGUAAAUAUUUGAUCACUUUUAUUAAUCUCCAUUUAUAUUUAAAUGUAAAUUGGAUUAAAUAUGAGUUAGAAUGGGGCGAGGAACAAUAUAUUUGCGAGAGACAUUCUUUAGGCUGUCGUUGUGAAAAGUAAAAUAGUAACAUUUUAUCAUAUGCAACUAACCUCAUGGUUGAUGUUUGCAAUGUCUAAAUACUCCGAUUGGGCUUUGGUCUGGACAUCGUGAGCUCUGGUGAAUUUUGAGAAAUAAGCACAGUGCACCUGCUUCAUAACAGAAAGAGAACCUUAAAAUCUCUCUGCCUUUCUGAUUCAAUGAGGUGCUAUUGAUGUGUUUGUGUGGAGGAGCACAGUCAGGCAGGCAUCACACAGUGCUGUAAUGAACACCCCAUUCUUGAAAACAGUCUGAACGAAUGCCUUGAAGUGGACGCAUUUAGUACCUUUAUUCCUGUAUCACCAUUGAUUUAAAACUUGUUAGGAAGUCCCUUUCUGUGCAAAUCUUAUCAAUGCAAACUACUGUAUUUCGUCUGCUACUCUCGGUAGAUUGGAGUUGCUUGCCCCCCAGUAAAUCUUUCAGAACAAGAACCAGUUUUGCUGCUGUGUAGACACAUUGAAGGAUGUAUCAAUGGAACGUCCUUCUCUGGCAUGUGUAAGAGAUUGCUACCUUCUGAAUGUGUAUUGAGUAGUUUCUUAGUAGAAAUAUAGUCAUGACUCUUGCUCACAGUAGUGGAUUUUGACCGAAUUGAUUAUUCACACUGAACUUUCUUGGUUGACAGUCUGGGCUUCAAGUGCUUUUUAACCUUGUCUCGUAAUUAAACAUCAAAGCUGAUGUACCUUAUCCAUACAUACAGGGUUCUUUCUUUCACCAGUAAGUGUUUUCUGCAGCCCUUGUCAAGUCAAGAUGAGCUCUGUAACAUAGGCAUGUGUGUAGGUGUUUUUUAAAAGUUUUCUGCCCUAAUGCGAUCUUAACUCUCUGUAUUGUGUGCGCAACUCCUCCCAGUACAGCUAUUCUGCUCGUCUUUGAAAAAAUGGGUCCAUGCAAAUUAACACACUUUGACUUCUAUGAAGCGGAUGUAAUUUUGUUUUCAACUUGGUGGAUUUCUUUCUCUUUUCAAAAAAAUGUAUCCAAAUGUCACAUUCUGUCGUCUUGAUUCUAGAUUAUUUUAUUUUGCUUGUUUUCUGGGCAAAAUUUGACCAAGGCAAUAUUUGUAAAGUCAUUUGUUUGACAGAGACGUGUAAAUAAGUGUUUGUUUUGUACAAAGGCUUCCCAACAGUGAUGUGAAGUGUUCUGUUCUUUAAAGCAUGUCAUUAGAGCAAUUUUCUUUCAAUAUCCUUUUUUGCCCAUCAGAGGGUGCCAUCUCUUCCUUGUAGUUGAGCUUUGCUGUGUGACCGUGGACCAUUUUAUUUACACAGUAACAUUUUAUUAUUUUCAACCCUUGAAAAGCAAUCUGACGACCACACUAGCAUCCACAUGGACAUCAUAGCAGAAACUGUACUCUUUGUAACAUGGAGAACCAUGAACACUGGCAAAGACUUUCUUCAUUGAAAUGUACACUGAAGAGGUGACCCAACUGAAUCUGUAAACAUUUCUAUCCAUUGAAAGGGAGAUGUGUAAGAUGUCUCAAAGUAUACUGGUGUGCAUUGACUAAUAAGGAAAUAUGUUCUAAAUGCCUGAAUGGAGAGCUCAGUGGUUUACACUAUAAAUAUCUUCCUUCAGCUGUAGGAUGCCUGAUGUUUACCCCCAGCUGCACAGCCUCCUAAUGUUCCAUCAUGUGUGCCUAAAACUGCAUGGCUUCAAUGGAGUUGAACAGGCAGACGGAGGGUGGACAAUAUGCUUUAAACCUCUUAUUGUGCCCUUGUAUAUACAGCUCCAGAUUCAUCCUGAUAUGGUCUAAUUGUAUCUAUUUCACUGUCUGUUCACUAUGCACAUUUCUGUUUGUGCCCAGGUUUUAGCUGUGUGUUUGUCUGAGUGGGAAAGGGCUGACUUAGGAAAGGUACUAGAAAGAGGGUGAUUAGAUGGUUUCAAGUGUUCAAACUUUCCUUUGUGUGUUUAUUUUAUAUUGUCCCAGAAUGCAGUGGGAUUUUUAUUUGUUGUGUAUGUAUGUCAUUUUUUGUUGUAACUAAUAGAAUAUGACAUUUAACAAAUAAAAUAUUUUAUGGUUUCUUGAUA